GUGGUGUCGCUCUCUGUCUCACGAGAAAGCCUAAAAAGCGCUCUGUCGAUAAGAACUCUUCAUCUCUCCUCCUCCUAAUUCGGGAUUCUUGACCCCCAAUCCUUAGCCUCUGUCCGAUCCAACCUUUCUCUCAUUCAUCUCGUCGCUGGAUCGAUUUCUAGGGUUUGAUUCGGCGGCCGCCGCCACGCCGGCAAGGAAGCCGAUGGAGAGGGAGAAGAAGAAGUACCCAAUUCAGGUAGAGGAUUACCAGCUGCUGGAGGUGGUGGGGCAGGGGGCCAGCGCUUCCGUCUAUCGUGCACGCUGCGUGUCUCUUGAUAAAGUCGUUGCUAUAAAGAUAGUAGAUUUUGAAAAACAUAACAGUGAUUUGAACAAUAUCUGUCGAGAGGCACAAACUAUGAUAUUGAUUGACCAUCCAAAUGUUCUCAAGGCACACUGCUCAUUCGUGAAUGAUCACAACCUAUGGGUGGUUAUGCCUUAUAUGGAGGGAGGAUCUUGUCUUCAUAUAAUGAAGUCUGCUUACCCCAAUGGAUUCAAUGAAAACAUCAUUGCAACAGUGUUACGAGAGGUGCUUAAAGGAUUGGAAUAUCUUCAUAAUCAUGGGCAUAUACACCGUGAUGUAAAGGCUGGAAACAUUCUGGUUGAUGCACAAGGUGCUGUUAAACUUGGGGACUUCGGUGUUUCAGCUUGCCUCUUUGAUUCGGGUGAUAGGCAAAGAUCAAGAAAUACAUUUGUUGGGACACCUUGCUGGAUGGCUCCUGAGGUGAUGGAGCAACUCCAUGGAUAUGAUUUCAAGGCUGACAUCUGGUCUUUUGGAAUAACUGCUUUGGAACUUGCUCAUGGUCAUGCUCCUUUUUCGAAGUAUCCUCCAAUUAAGGUCUUGCUCAUGACCUUGCAAAAUGCUCCUCCAGGCCUUGACUACGAAACAGAUAAAAAGUUCUCUAAAUCAUUCAAGGAUAUGAUAUCUAUGUGCUUGAUCAAAGAUCCCUCAAAGAGGCCGUCUGCACAUAAGCUAUUGAAACAACCUUUCUUCAAACAGGCACGAUCACAAGAUUACAUAGUACGAAAGAUUUUGGAUGGCUUACCGACUCUAGUUGAUCGCCAUCAAGCACUUAAGGAGAAAGAAGAAGAUUUACUUGCACAAGAGAAAAUGCUAGAUAGUGAGAAGGAAGAAUUAUCUCAGAGUGAAUACAAACGAGGAAUUAGUGCUUGGAACUUUGAUAUGGAGGAUUUGAAAGCUCAAGCUUUAUUGAUUAUGGAAAAUGAAGAAAUUAAAGACUCAAAUUCAAGCCAAAUGCUUGAAAAUGAGACUUUGGAAGAAACAAUUCAAGAACUUGUGCCUAUUUUCUCUUCAAAGUGUAGUAGUGAAGUUAAAGUGGUCCUCUCAGAUGAGUCAACUCUUAUGGCAGCUGAUCCACCUGCUCAAUGCAAGAGAAACAAAUCUAAUGGAUCAGACAAUGAAGUUAAGGUUGCUGUUACCAAUGAUCAAAAAAUUAUCAGAAGUGAUCUGCAGCCUAACCAUGAACAAAAUGGAUCUGGUGAAAAUAAUAAAGUUGAGUUUUUUGGAAAGAAUCAAGAUAAUUUGCAAGCUCAGUCGUCUCAUGAGCGAAGACUUUCUACAAAUUUAUCAUUUUCAGAACUUAUCCCCUCAUCAAAAGUAGAAAGUGUUAGAAAACAAAAUCAUCUCCAAAAUGGUGGAAAUGGUUUUGAAGAACUUCAGAAAGUAAAUGAUAUACCUAUUGAUACAGUACCUAGACCAUCAAAGUCAGCAGGUGUUGAUGAUAUUGAAGAUAAGUCAAAGCAUCCACAAGUUCAGAGGAAAGGUCGAUUCAAAGUGAUGUCAGAAACUGUUGAUUCAGAAAAGGCUUCUCCAAUCCUUCAAAAGAGUCAAAGUAUGCAGGUGUUUUCUCAACUAUCACCAAACUCAGCAACAUCAAUUGACCAUCCAUCAGAUCUUGGACUUUCCAUGUAUCCACAACUGCAUUCUGUCUUGCAAGCAAAUAUCUUGCAAUGGGAAUGUAUUGCUGGUAUGAUGAAGCAGCUAAUUGCUGGUGAUUUAUCAUCAAUGUCAACUGGUUCAUCAAAUCGUUUGAAUGAGGACACUAUGAGUUUGGACACUUUUGAAGCUGCCCAUGAAAGGGAGAAGGAGUUGCUACAAGAGAUAUGUGAUUUGCAGUGGAGGCUGCUAUGUACAAUGGAUGAACUGAAAAGGUUAAGGUCAAGAAAUACUGAGGCAUAACCACAACUAAGACGUGUGAAGAAAAGAUGAAAGUUGGGCACAUGAGUAUUUGAAUGCGCUUUCAUUCCUAGGGGUUAGAAAGACAUUUAUGGCCAGCGACAUUGCAGCUUAUUAAAAGGUGAAACUACUUAGAUUAUGUGUGAUGCAUUCCAUUAGGGUAUUCCUUUCUAGGUUUGCCAAUAAUUUACAAUAAUUGAUAAACAGUUAUAAGUGGUUUCAAUGAAUUAUUUACAUUGCAAGCCUCCUGUUUUGUUAAUAAAUUACUUAUCUUUCUGAGUAAAUAAAUUGUAAAAUGGGAAAAA